AUGAAUAAUUAUUUAAAUUCUUCAGAUCAACAUCAAAUUCAACAACAACAACAACAACAGCAAACUAGAAGUAGAUCAGGAACUUUAUCAUCGAUUUUCUCAAAAGAUCAAUUAACUCCAAAAAAUUCAAAUACUUCAACAAAUUAUAGUAAUAAUAAUAGCAAUCAUCAUUAUAAUAAUCAUCUGAAUAAUAUUAAUAUACCUUCAUCAUCAUCAAGUAAUAGUCCAAUUCAUUUAAUUGAUUCAAAUAAUUAUUUAAAUAACAACAGCAAUAUUAAUAAUAAUAAUAAUGAUAAUUUGUUGAAUUUACCAAAUAAAGAGAUUAAUUUAUCAUCUUCAUCACCAAUUAAUAGUAAUUUUAAUGACUUUAAUAGUAUAACUAAUAAUAAUAACAAUACUAGUAUAAGUACUUCAUCACCAAAUAAAAGAGUUAGAUCAGGUUCAUUAUUUUCAACCAAUUCAAUUUGGAAUGAUGAUAGUCAUUCAUUAUCAAAUAGUAAUCAUAGUUUAAAUUCUGAUUCAAAUUGUUUAUCAAAUAAUACGGGAAAUAAUAACAAUAGUAAUCAUUUUUUAAGUCCUUCAACAGAUUCAACUUCAUUUCCUCAACAACUGCAAUCUUCAAGAAAUAGAUCAUAUACAACAAAUGCGGCAAUACCAAGUGUUACAAUUAAUUCUUCAAAUGAUCCAUUUAAUGGUAAUCUAUUGAAAAAUUUUAGUUCAAAAGUUUCUACCUCACCUUUUGUUUCAGUUUCAAAUAAAACAAAUGAUAUGAAUUUAUUAUUAGAUAAUUUUAUGUUAAGUAAUAAUACUACUGGUCAACAACAACAACAACAGCUGCAACAGCAACAACAGGCAGCCCCUAGAAUUAGAUCACAAACUUAUUCUGGUAGUACUCCACCAGCAGUUCAUGAACAAUUAUUUGGAUCGGGUGCACCAUUAUCAUCAACUUCUUCAUCAUUUAAACAAUUUUAUCAACCUCAAAAUCCAUUUCCUCAACAAUUUCCACCAGUAUUUGAAGCAUCAAUUGAUGAAAUUAAUAAUAAUCAUCCUACUUUAAUUGAUGAUUUUGACUUUGGUCAAUUAAUUAUAACAACAAAUUUUGAAAAUACAAAUCUUGGACCAACGAAAUUUUUAUUAUUUGAUAAUUUACCAUUAUUUAUUGAUUCAAUUAAAUUAUUUUCAAUUUUAAAUAACUCAAAUAGUCAAAAUAAAUUUGGAACUGUUAUUAGUGUUAAAAUCACAAUUACAACUACUUCAAAAUUGGCAUUAAUUGAAUGUUCAAAUAUUGAAACUGCAAUGAAUUUAAAAGCAAAUUUUAAUCAUUUGGAAAUAGUCCCAGGAAAUACUUUAUAUGUAGCUUUUGCAAAAGUCGAACAGCCUAAUUUUCAAUCUCAAAAUCAACCUCAACAACAAACACCACAAUCACAACCACUACAACAACCUCAACAACAGCUGAAACCAGACUAUAGCAAACAUUCUCAAUCCCAUUCUGAUGGAUCAAUUGAUUUUGAACAUACAACUACUAAAACAAACAUAUCUGCAGUGCAAGUAAAUUUAAUGGAAUCAAUUACAAAAUUAUCAUCGACAGUUCAAGCUGAUUUGAAAAAGAUUCAAUCAAUGAUAAACAAAUGUUUAACAUAUCCAAACGAUCAAUAUCAAGAUAAUUUUGGACCAUUACCAGACCCAAUACCAUUAAGACAAUUUGAUUCACCAACAUUACGAGAAUUAAGAAAAGUUUUAGAAAAUAAAGAAUCUGGCUUAAUUGAUCAAAAUAAUGAAUUAUCAAAUAUUGAUCUUGAAGAAUUAGCUUUGGCAAUGUUGGAUGAAUUACCAGAAAUUUGUCAUGAUUAUUUAGGGAAUACAAUUGUUCAAAAAUUAUUUACUUUAAUUAAAGAUCCAUUAAUAAAAUUAAUGAUGGUUAAAGAAAUAACUCCAUAUUUAACUCAAUUAGGUAUUCAUAAAAAUGGUACAUGGGCUAUACAAAAAGUCAUAAGUUUAUGUUUAUCAGAUUAUCAACAAAUGUAUUUAAUAGGUGCAAGUUUAAAACCAUACUCCGUUAAAUUAUUCAAUGAUCAAUUUGGUAAUUACGUUAUACAAGGUUGUAUAAAGUUUGGUUCACCAUACAAUGAUUUUGUGUUUGAAGCAAUGAUUGAUAAUUUUUUAGAAAUUAGUUUUGGUAGAUUUGGUGCAAGAUGUAUUCGUACUAUUUUAGAAAGUUAUCAUGAUCCAACAAAUCCAACAAAAACUUUAGUUACAAAUGAACAAGUACUAGUUAUUGCAGGAUUAAUAGUUGAAUACGCAAAUGAAUUAGUUGUUAAUACAAAUGGUAGUUUAUUAAUUACUUGGUAUUUAGAUACAUUUGUUGAUUGUGAUCAUAAAAUUGAAUUAUUAAUGAAUAAAUUCUUACCAUGUAUAAAACAUUUAUGUGUUCAUAAAUUAGCUAAUCUCACAAUUUUGAAAUUACUUAAUGUUAGAAUUGAUCAAACUUCAAGACAAACUAUAAUUGAUACAAUAUUUGGUAAUACAGAGAAUUUAGAAUUUAUUUUACAAGAAAGUGAUAAUAAUACAUUAAAUUCAGGACCAUUAUUCAUUUAUAAAAUACUUAGUUAUCCAAUUUUAACAGAUUUAGCUGCACCAUAUUUACCAACUAUUAAAAGAUUAUUAAUGGAAAUUAAUAUAAUAAAUUAUCAUAACUACAAAAAAUUGAUGGACGAGGUUGGAUUAUCAAGUAGUAGAUUGAAUAGAAAUGUUAGUAUGAAAAGAAAUGGUCGAAGAAACAAUAAUAAUAACAAUCAUAAUAACAACAACAACAACAAUAAUGUUAGAUCUGGGAAUUAUUACAAUAACAACAAUAACAAUGGCUCCAAUCACAACCACAACAAUAACCCUAAUAAUAAUAACCAAUAUAUUCAAAAUCAAAACCAACAACAUACUGGUUCUUAUAAUCAACCAUACUCACAACAACAAACAAAUCAACAACCAUAUAUUCCUUUACAACAAUCCCAGCAAUAUAUAAUUCAACCAUCUAUGUAUAUGAAACAAUAUUAUGCUCAACAAGCUAUGGCUCAGCAAUCAAUGUCUCAACAAAAUCAGCAUCAACCACCACAAUUUAGUCCAUCUUAUUUCCAACAACAACAACAACAACCACAACAACAACCCUUAUCACCGCAAGAUCUAGCAGUAAUGCAACAAUUGGAGCAAUUAUCAUUAAGUUCAGCGGCUCUAGGUUACAAUUCAAAUCCAGGUACACCUACAAUUCAAAGAAAUCUGUAUCUUUGA